CUCUCUGGCUGACAAGGUGUAUGUGUUAGCUGGGUUUAUGUCUAUAAUAGGUUUAAUUUCAAUGUGGUUUUUAUAUAUAACGGCGAAGGACGCAGGUGUACUUAGGAAUCGAUCACGGUUGUUAUUUGCUGCUCUGGGCACGUUUGCAAUCUCACAUGUUGCUGCCUAUAAGGCUUCUACAGCAGCUGAUACUGGACUUAACGUGGCCGAAUUACUGCUACAUUAUGUGUUAGUGCUAUCAGUGCUUUAUAUAUCCUGUUUCAUUACUAUUAUUCCAGAGUAAUAAUUGUCUAUUUUCGUAGGACAGUGACGUUACAUAUGCAUUGGAGCUAUAGAUUCUGUAUUCAUUUGCCGAAAUGGAGGGCAUCAUAGCUAAACCGGGUUAUGAUUUGGAGAAGUUCAUUGACAAUCCAAUUGAUUUCUUGAACGAGCACUUUGUCGAUGAAUCUAGCAUCGGUGGGCUUGAUGCUUUGAUAGUGGAGGUAAAUGAGGAAAUACGUCGUCAAGACAGGAAACUUUUGGACGUAGUGAAGGAGAAGGCCAUUAGCGGCGAGCUUGCUCAUGAGCGUUUCGAGAAGCUCCAAUGCGCCACUAACGACCUGAUUGCCAAGAUGGCUGAGAUACAGGUACCUACUAUGCGCGGUGAGCAGUCUCUUAAGUUACUGACUGCUGACAUCCGUGCUUUGAAUCGUGCCAAGUCCAAUAUUUGCAAGACCAUUACCCAUCUUAAGCGGAUACUAAUGUUGUCUACUAUGCUCGACUCGCUACGUGAGCGUGCUAAAAUUCGGAAAUAUGACGAGACCGCUGGUCUUGCCUUAGUAGUUCGUGAGCUUUAUCAGUUAGUAUCGCCUCUUCGUGAGGCAUCGCCAGUGGUUAGACUGUUAACUAAGUGUAACAGUAUUUUGGACGACUUGAAGCAGCAGAUAGUUGAGGACAUUGAGGGAAUUAUGGGCAUUGGCACCACUCAGAGCAACUUACAGGUAGACGUAGAGCUCCAUGACAUUUGUAAGUGUGCUGACUCUAUAGACGACAGCGUCCGCAAGCAAAUAGCCACUAAAUACGCAAAUUACGUUAGGCGUGGUUAUGAAAAGGCAUUUUCAAGUUCGUUUGAUCUGAAGGUUUUGGAGAACAUAUCAGAGCGUUUUGCUUGGCUCAGGCGCACGAUUAACGAGUUUGAUGAGAAGUAUAGUUCUGACGUUCCUGAGCACUGGGACAUUCAAGCCAGUGGUGCUUGGGCUUUCCUUGACUGUUGUAAGAACCAGGUGGUAGCAUCACUUACAAAUGCUCCCAAUGCCAUUGAGGCCAGUGUUAUUCUCACUACUUUACUUCGGUGUAAGGAGUUUGAGCAGGAGUUGGAGUACCGGAUAAGUAAUUACGUUACCGAGUCGCAGAAGGUCAAUCGUCCUUCUGUUGAGUACCCCGAGGUGGUACCAGCGGAAUCCGACUCGGACAUUCGUAAGGAGCCCAGGAAGUCCUUGAAGGGUGCUCUCAGUCGGUGCUUUGAGAACCAUCUGGGUUCAUGGGUAUCCAGUGAGGAGGUACAGCUUGAGGAGUUGUACAACAGGAUCAUAUCGUCCAAAGAAGAUGCUGUGAUAAUGCUUGUUCUUCGGUCGGCUAAGGAAUUAUUUUCGGCCAUUAGUGUCAGGCUAAAGGCGGUGCUUGCAGUUAGUUGCGAGCAGACGUUAUUUGAGAUGAGUAUGGUUUUCCGUCGUAUAAUUGGUAAAUAUCAAUCUCAUUUACAAGGUCGUGCUUCUAGCAUCGAGAAGGGUGCCACAUUGACCACUCUGGCUAAACAAGGUGGUUAUAUUAUUGCCACUUGCGACUACGCAACUGAGAUGAUAGAGCAUCUCUAUGACGAGAUACAGGAGGCCAUUGUCCCGGCGUAUAAGGAACAGAUUAACUUCACGAAGGAGAAAGAGAAAAUAAAUGCUACCAAAGCUUCUGUUGUUAAGCGUCUGGUUGACGAGAGUUGUAAAUUCUCUCCCAUUACGCCUAACAUUGUGGCGCCGUUAAAGAAGCUUGAGUUGCGUGUGAUGGAUGUGAUUAAGACUACUAUUGAGCAUCUUCCUCCGGGUUACCUCCAAUAUAUGACUAAUAAGGUUACUCGCGGUGCGAUGGCUCAUCUUAAGGAGACUAUAUUUUCCCUAGACAACGCCACUGAAGGCUAUUGCCAGCAACUGUUGUUGGACUCAUAUAGCCUUCAGAAAUUGCUUCUGGAAUCGGUAAAAGCUCUUGUGGACCCAUUACCACUUGGCUACGUUGAGACAACUACUGCUGAGAUGAACAAGCUUCAGGCUUUGUUGAAGGUGCUCAAUUCACCUGAUGCGUCUUUGGGAGUUUUCGAUGCCCUGUUGAUUGAGAACGGCGGAUGCUGUACCAGGGAGGAAUUGGACCAGAUUGUAUCGAUACAUCGCAAGAGAUGAACACCGAAUUUCGUGAUAAAAUGUAUAGAUAUUAAAAAUG